AGUGAUAUGAGUAUAGACGUGUGUAUUAUUAUCGGAGCAGUAAACAGACUGUGGCAUUCACUCGUUUUUUCAUAUUCAGCUGAGCUAAGCUACCCCGUCAAGUAUCGAGAAAUCGAGCGUGUUUAACUUUAUUAUACGGCCAGAGAAUGCAAAACUUGAUCAAGAGUCGCGCCGUCUUUGAGAUAUUGAAGAAGCCGCUGCCGGAGCUGCUGCGUUUCUACAGGGAUAGCGAGAGCGAUAGCGAUUGCGAGGAGAGUUCCACAGAUGUUGCAACAGCUGCACCAGAGACAACAGCAGCAGCAGAGAUAACAGCGGCAGCAGCAGCCGCAGCAGCUGCCGAGGCCGAGGCAGCCGCCAAGCUUAAUGUGAAUGCGAGCGUGUUUGUGCCGCGCUCGAAGGACACUGGGGAUUCACGCCUGGUCGAUGUGAAGCGCCACUUCGAGGCCAUGGACGUGCGCAAGCCAGUGGGAGAGCCCAAGCUCCUGCUGCCCUGGAAAGGCUUUCCCAAGCCCCAGAAUGUCGAGCGUACCGUCAGACCGCGUACUUAUCCGCAGGCAAAGCUGGCCACUCCAGUCAUCCAGUCCGAAAUCCCAGCAGCUCAACACAAAGAGCUCAAGACUGCUGUCAUAAAUGAGACGGAGAGCAAAGCGGAGGAGGCACGCCCACCGACUGCCUUGGUGGAGAAGGAGUCGACGUGCGCGCCGCUGGCAUGCUCGCUGCCGAGCAAUCGCAAGAAACCGCUAAAGGACCGAGCACUGAUCAAACAAUCCCUAUCUGACGAUAAGCGACGCGAGCAGGAGCGCAAGGUGGCCCUGGAGGCCCUCAAGCUGGUGGAGCAGCGGCGCAUGCGCGAGCCGACUGAGCAGCCAGAGGUCAUAGUUCAUCUGACGCGCGCGCCCGUCGAGUUCACGCCGGAAGAGCGUGUACGCGUGGACCGACUGCGCAUCAUCAAGCGGGAGCACAUCGAGAACGUGCUGCGCGAGAUGCGCGACGAGCGGGAGCUGAAGCAGCAGAAGGCGCAGGGUGUGCCGAUCACUAGUCGCUACAUAUGCCUGAAGCGCAGCACACAGUCGAAUGCCCAGCCAGAGCCGCAGCAGCCGCAGCAGCCACUGCAAGCAAAGCAACCACAGCAGCAACCACAGCAACAGCCGCAGCUGCAGCCCCAGCAGCAGCCACAGCAACCGCCUUUGCCCAGGCGCUAUAUACCCACAGUGAAGCAAUGGGACGAGCGCUGCAAGGCCAAAGCCCAUGAGGCAGCCGCCGGUGCCAACAAGGAGAACAAUACUCUGGCCAAGGAUGGCAGCCGGUUCGAGGAGCAUGCCAAUCCACAGCGAGCCAUGGGGCCGUCCAGUCAGGGCAACAUAAUGCCCAGCAAAGCAGCGCCCCAGAGUGGAUCAGCAGCCAAGGAUCGUGAGCUGUUCGUGCCGCGCUAUUGGCCCCCGGCACCUAUGGUGGCCAAGGGCGAGACGCGUCGUGGGAAUCUAACCCAUGCCCGCAACAUAACACGCGCCUUUGCCAACUGCGGUCUGCUGCCCACGCCAUCGGCCGCCUGGGAGCAGGAGAACGUCAAGCAGGAGUACGAGUCGCUGCCGAGCGCAACGCAGAAGUCCGUGAAGCGCUACGGCAUGGAGCAGCUGCUAAAGCUGGAGCCACAGCCCCACAAGCUGGAGAAGCCAAUUAUCGCUGAGCGCCUGGCCAAGCUUGGCUUUAUGUGCGAAUAGCAGCUGGAAGAAGCAGAGAGGAGAAGCCUUGGCGAGCCACUUCCUUCCCACCCACUGCAGCUCCCUCUCCCACUGUGUUUCGUUCCAUGUGUAUUCAGUUUGUUUGUUCUUGUUCUUGUUCUCGAUUCGUUGCAUUUGCUCAAUGAGCCCUCACCGUUGGCCCAAUGCAUUUUAUAUCUUCCAUAACGAGCAUCAGCAGGAAUUGCAACACAAUUAUGAUU